AUGAAUAGAUUAUUAGUAAAUGGAAUUACCAAAGGAAAAGGAGUUGGAUCAAUGUUUCAAAGACAAUCCAUAAUGGGUAAUAGCUCAAUAGCUUUAAGAAGUUUAGAUUCAAAGAUUAGAGAUAGAGAAAUAGCUUUGGAAGAUGAAUAUGUAAGAAGAAUGGAAAAAGAAAGAACUUUAAGAAAGAGAAGACAAACAAAGAACAGAAAAUCCAAGAAAUCUCCAGGAGAUCCAAUGCUUUUAAAUAAUAAAACUGGUACUCCAAUUGGAAGAUUAUCAGACUCAGGUAUUAUUUUCUAA